AACAAACAAAUAUGUCUGUCGUAUGUCAAAGCUGAAAAAUUAUAUUUUUCAUCUCUCUUUUAAAUAUUUUGUUCAAUCUUGGGUAUAUAUUUUUUAAAACUCUCACUCUGUUGCUCUCUUAAAUUUUUUGUGUAUAUUUGUCUUUUUCUCUUGUCAAGUAUCACCCCCACAUAAGGUUGCCCCACUCGUUAAAUAAAAAAAAAGUCGUGUAAAUUGUAAUAACGUGUAAUAUCUCAACAUAUCCCUUCUGUCUGCUUCUACACUCUACAGUGCCAUUGUACCACAAAGCAAAUUAGCAAAAACCAAACGAGAAACAUUCGUCGCAAAAACGUGCACGAAUUAACAAAUAUAUUUAUUGAAAGUUAAAAUUAUAACAAAUAAAUUUGUUCAACAAGGCGUUGGAUUAUUUCUAUACAAUUGUGCAAUAAUUAAUUUAAUUACACAAUAAUUACAAUGAAGUUAUCAGCUAUCAUUGUUCUUUGUUGCAGUGUGCUCUUGGUUUCUGCUAUUGAGAAGCCAAUAUCAGUAGAGCCAACACCACCACCAUCAAAUGGAACAACUUCAACAGUAGCACCAUCACCAUCACCAUCUCCAUCUCCAACACCACCAUCAAAUUCAACAACAACAACAACAACAGUAGCACCAUCACCACCGUCAAAUUCAACAACAACAACAACAACAGUUGCACCAUCACCAUCUCCAUCUCCAACACCACCAUCAAAUUCAACAACAACAUCAACAACAGUAGCACCAACACCACCAUCAAAUUCAACAACAACAACCACAACAACAACAACAACAACUACAACCACAACAACAACAACAGUAGCACCAACACCAUCUCCAUCACCACCAAGCCCAGUUCCAGAACCAACAACUGGCAAUUGGAUAUUAAAUACAACAAAUGAAACUUGUAUUGUUAUUAAAAUGGCUACACAAUUUGAUGUUACAUACUUGACAACAGAUAAUAAGACUGUUACACAACAAAUUAAUUUACCAAAUGAUAAUACAACACAAGUUAGUGGUAAUUGCUCUGGUAAAUCAGAACAAGUCAUGACAAUAUCAUGGAUGAAUAAUACAAAUAAUAUGACUAUUCAUUUUGUCAAUGAUGUUAAAACUUAUUCACUUCAUCAUAUUGAAGCUGUUAUUUCAAAUGUUAAUUUACCAAAAAUUAAUUCAAAUUAUUCAAUGAAUCUCACUGGUGAAAGUGGAUAUAAAGCUCGUUUUGGUAAUUCAUAUAAAUGUUCAGCAAAACAAGAUAUUCAAAUGAAAACAAAUUUAAACAAAACAACAGUACAUAUUAAAAUAAGCAAUCUUCAAUUCCAAGCAUUUAAAACUGAUAAAUCAACAAACUUUGGUUCUGCUGAUGAUUGUACUGAUGUCACUGACAUUGUACCAAUUGCUGUUGGAUGUGUUUUAAUUGCACUAGUUGUUUUAGUACUAGUUGCAUAUCUUAUUGGACGUAGAAACAGUCAAGCACGUGGUUAUGUCAGCAUGUAAUCAAACACAAGCCAUAAUCGAUUCACCUUAAUAUAUAUAUAUUUUUUUCUAUUUAAUUAGAACUUAUGAUACCAGUAAUUACCCUAAAAAAAAAUUUAAACAAUCCGAAUUUAAAAAACAUAUUUUUAUUAGCUUUAUUUGCCUUUUUUUUGCUUUUUUUUAUGUUUCAACAAUCGUGAUGUCGUUUUCAUGUUUAGUUGUUUUUUUUUUUUUUGAUACUAUCAAAAUUAAUGAGAAAAAAUAUAUAUAUAAAUCCAACGACAGAGCAAAAUGAAAAAGAAAAAAAAAGAAUAAAAAAACUACAGUAAUAGAUCUGAGUUAAUAUUACUUGUUUUUUUUUUUUUUUUUUUCAUACAGUUUCUUCAUUACAUAUUCUUUUUUUUUUUUGUUUAAAUUUUGCUCAAUAAGUUUAUUAAUAUUAUUAAUAUUAAAAUUCUAAUUAUUAUUAAUUUUGAUUAGAUAUAUUUUUUGUAACAUCAAUCAAAGAGUAUCAUGUUUCAUUUAUUAUUGCUUUCUUCUUAUGUUUAUAUUAUUAAUGUGAUAACAUUCCCUUAUUUUUGAAAAAUAUAUUAACUUUUUUUUUUUUUGUCAUUGAUAAGCCUUGGGAAUCAGUGGUUAUUCAAAAUUGAUUGUAAUAAAUUUGUAAAAUUCAAUAAAAAUUGAUUAAUUAAAAGAAAAAA